CCUGGGUACGUGGGGUAAGUUUAGAACGGGUAACAGGACGUCCUAUAUAAGGCACCGGCCAACCAGCCACUAGGGUUAGCAACCCUUUCGCUGCGCACCGGGGGAUCUCUCGCAGCCGUUCUCUACUGCUCCCACUUCGACCAUGUCUGGGCGAAAGAAGACCAGGGAGCCCAAGGAGGAGAAUGUGACACUAGGGCCUGCAGUCCGCGUAGGGGAGCAAGUAUUUGGUGUUGCUCAUAUAUUUGCAUCAUUCAAUGAUACCUUUAUUCAUGUUACAGAUCUUUCUGGGAGGGAAACCUUGGUUCGAAUUACAGGUGGUAUGAAGGUUAAAGCUGAUAGGGAUGAGUCAUCUCCUUAUGCAGCUAUGCUUGCAGCGCAAGAUGUGGCGCAGCGAUGCAAGGAACUUGGGAUUACUGCUCUGCAUAUUAAGCUGCGAGCUACUGGCGGGAAUAAGACAAAAACUCCUGGCCCUGGUGCUCAGUCUGCCCUUAGGGCACUUGCUCGCUCUGGAAUGAAAAUCGGGCGUAUUGAGGAUGUGACGCCAAUUCCUACUGACAGCACAUGCAGGAAGGGCGGCAGAAGAGGAAGGCGGCUUUGAACUAUUUGUGCAUUGUUUUUUCACCCAGUUGCCGUGAACAAUUUUUAAGACUCAUAUUUAGCUGUUGAACAGCGCUCUUAAGCUAUGUUCUGACUCCACAGUUUUCUUUGGCCAAUUCUGUUCUUGAGGCUGAGGAUAUACAAACGUAAUGCUAUUACGAUGUCGGUUGUUUCGAACUAUAAUUUCGCUUGCUUCCAUUCAA